UAUUGUUAACAUGUAGUGAAUUUGAUAUAUAGACUUGUCUCUCAUUUUAAGAGUCAACUUUCUGCAAAUAUUGCUUCAUUUUCAAUUUUUCAACAGAAGGAAAGAAGAAGAAGAAGCAUCUACCAUCUGGAAGGUGAAUCGAAUCCUUUCCAACAAGGUGAAAGUUCGUUCUCGUAGAGAUGGCCGCUACUUACGCUGCACUAACUUCUGUGUUGGGAACCAUAGACAAGCUUUUACGGUCCAACUUAUUAGUAGGCCUAGAAGAGGUUCAUAAGCAACAAUUGGAAUCACUCGACAAGAUGUUUGGCACUCUGCAAGUGUCUCUAAUUGGCAAAUGUGAUGGCGGAGAUCCAAUUAUUACCAAGGAUUUGCAAAGAAGAAUCAAAGAUGUUGCACUUGAUGCAGAGGAUGAAGUUGAAUCACUAAUGAAACAACUUAUUAUUGAGCUGGAUGAUGAUGAACAAGUCCUUGAAUGUUGUCGUACGAAGCUUGAUAAGGUCUCUCAACAGGCUAUACAAGUAACUGAUUCUGUGGAAGAGCUGAUCAUCAAGCAGAAGAUAAACAAUUGCCCAGAAGCUGGAAGUAGCGCUUCUCCACGAUUAGAUGCUUCAAUCCGUGAGAACGUUAUGGAAGGGUACAAUGAAGAAAGAGAAAGGAUGGUUCAAAGACUUACCAGAGGCUCAGGAUCAAAUAGACAGGAAGUGGUCUCUGUUGUGGGGAUGCCGGGCAUAGGUAAGACAACUUUUGCCAAAACUAUAUUAUUCGAAAACUCUAUUAAGAGGGUCUUUCGUAUUCGUGGUUGGAUUACUGUGUCUAACAACUAUGAUUUAAGAAAGUUGCUCCUAGUCCUCCUUCGUGAUGUUAUUAGAAUGGGAGACGGGAAUGAUAAUACAAUGGAUAUUGGAAAACUAGCUGAGCGCGUACAACAAGGUUUGAAGGGAGAAAAGUAUUUGAUUGUUGUGGAUGACAUAUGGAGUAAAGAUGCUUGGGAUAGAAUUUCACAUUGGUUUCCAGAUUGUGGUAACAAAAGUCGAAUUUUGUUGACUUCUCGAGACAGGGAGGUUGGUGAGUAUGCUGCUACUAAUCCUAAAGAUGGUUUGGUACUGAUGCGUCCUCUGACGCAAGAUGAAAGUCGGUGUCUGUUUUACCACAAGGCAUUUGGGGAAAAUUACAGUAUUAGAGGGUCAGAUAUUGAUGAAUUUGAGAAGGUUGGAGAAAAAGUUAUAACAAAUUGCAAAGGAUUACCUCUAAUGAUUACUGCAAUUGCUGGUAUACUCUGUAGCAAGAGUAAAUUGGAUGAGUGGAUGGAAGUAGCUCAAAGUGUAAGCUCAUUAGUAAAUGAUGAUGAUUACAAACAAUGCUUAAAAGUUGUUGCUUUGAGCUACAAUCAUCUUCCUUCUCUUAUGAAAGCUUGCUUUUUGCAUUUCGGAGUUUUCCCAAAAGCCCAUGUCAUUUCUGUGAAGAAGUUAAUUAGAUUAUGGAUUGCAGAAGGACUCGUAAAUCUAAAAGGAGUUGAGGAAUUCGAACAAGUAGCUGCUCGUGUUUUACAUGAUUUUAUUGGGAAAAGUCUUGUUAUUGUUGACAAGAGUAGUUUGAAUGGGCAAAUUAAGACAUGUAGGAUUCAUGAUCUUUUUCAUGAUUUUUGCUCGAAGGAAGCUGAAAGCGAGAAUCUUCUGUAUGUUGUUCGUUCAGAUUCCACCACUAUUUCUCAAGUUCACACAAAUUUCCGUCAAGGUUGUAGGUGGAUGUCAGUUCCAUCAAUAUAUUACUCCAGUCAGUAUACUCCUAUUAAAAUACGCUCUCUUUACGGAUAUUAUAAAUAUUUUAGCGAAGGACUUUUUCAUUUCAAACUACUAAGAGUAUUGGACUUGGAGGGAGAGACUGCCUCAACACUCGGUAAUAUUACUGGAGACCUUGUUUGUUUAAGGUAUUUGUCUGUCAUGACUCAUGACACUUUUGCGAUUCUCGCAAUUACCAAUCUUUGGAAUCUACAGACUCUCAUUUUAGAUAAGAAAUCACUUAGCCGUAUUUUUCAUAAAAUUGUAACUUUUCCAAAAGAGAUUUGGCAAAUGUCACAGUUAAGGCAUCUUUAUUCAAUAGGCAUUUCUCUAUCUUCUCCUGGAGAUAAGGUUCUCGGAAACUUACAGAGUGUUUCUGGUUUGAGUCCUCGUUGUUGUACAAAGGAAAUAUUUGAAGGGAUUAAGAAAGUGAAAAAAUUGGCCAUUCGCGGAUGGAAUGGGGAAUAUCCUACCGAUCUUAAAUGGAUAGAUAAUCUUAAACAUUUGCAAGAUCUAGAGUCACUAAGUAUUGAAAUACAAUAUUGGAGUACAAUAAAUGGUACCAGGUUUUUUAGUCUUACAAGUUCAGAUUCUUUUCCACAAAAACUCAAGAAGUUGAAACUUAGCCGCACAUGUCUACCGUGGGAAUACAUGUCCAUUAUCAGCAAGUUGCCCGAACUUGAGGUACUCAAACUGAAGUAUGAUGCCUUAGUUGGCGACGAGUGGAAAGCAACAGACCAGAUUGGGUUGCCGAAGUUGAGGUUCUUGCUCCUUGCUAAUCUCAACCUUGAAAAAUGGAGAACCACCGCCGGCUCUCAUGAUCAUUUCCCCGGCCUUGAGUGCGUAAUUAUCACAAAUUGCAAAUUCUUAAAAGAGAUUCCUCAAGGAUUUGCUGAUAGCAAGAAACUGGAGCUGAUUGAGUUACACAAAUGUGAUCCUUCCUUGGUGGCUUUUGCUGAGAAGAUCCAGGAAAAACACGAGGAUUUGGGGAGGAACAAACUUAAAGUUACUGCCUUCAAUUCAGAGUCGUUGGAGGAAUAGCGGAAUUUUCUCAAGAAGAAACAGGGGAUUUCCAGCUAGUACCAAGCUGCAGCUGAUCAAUCACAUAAGGAGUUGUCUUCCCUCCUUGUAUCGCAUUGUGGUGUUUGCUUAAAUAAAAUAUUUGUUUUGAUUUUUACUUAUACAACUUGUUGUUUGGAUAUGGUUGUUACCUAUUGGAUCGUAUUGUGGUGUUCGUUUAACUAAAAUAUUUGUUUUUUGAUUUUUACUUAUACAACUUGUUGUUUGGAUAUGGUUGUUACCUAUUGUAUCGUAUUGUGGUGUUCGUUUAAAUAAAAUAUUUGUUUUGAUUUUUACUUA